AUGGCAUCCACAACUCUCGCCCAAUCGCUCUCCAUUCUCAAUUCGCACACCUCCACCUCCAAGAAAAGCAUUGAGAAUGCGACGCUGUUUUCCUUUUCCCCGAAUCAAACCCUUAAUUUUUCCAGAUCCCGUAUUGUUUCCACCCAAUUUAAGAAGACCCACAAAUUGUUUAUUGCUGACUGUGUUUCCACUGGCAAUGAUAUCCCCUGUGCUGAAACCCCAAUUGAACUGAAGUACCCGGCAUUUCCUACGGUAAUGGACAUUGAGAAGAUUCGCAGAAUUUUGCCUCACCGAUUUCCAUUUUUGCUGGUAGAUAGAGUUGUUGAGUACAAUCAUGGGGUGUCCGCUGUGGCAAUAAAGAACAACGUGACUAUAAAUGAUAAUUUCUUUCCCGGGCAUUUUCCUGAGAGGCCAAUUAUGCCAGGCGUGCUCAUGGUCGAGGCAAUGGCUCAGGUUGGUGGCGUGGUUAUGCUACAACCAGAAGUGGGAGGCUCGAGGGAAAAUUUUUUCUUUGCUGGAAUUGACAAAGUAAGAUUCAGAAAGCCAGUCGUCGCAGGAGACACCCUAGUUAUGAGAAUGACACUUGUCAAGCUGCAGAAACGCUUUGGAAUAGCAAAGAUGGAAGGAAAAGCAUACGUUGGCGGGGAAGUGGUCUGCGAAGGUGAAUUUUUGAUGGCUAUGGGCAGUGAAUGA